AUGCUGCGCUGCGCCCUGCUCCUGUUGGCCACCUGUGCGCUUUUGGCGAGCGCGCAGUUCCCCAGAGAAUGCGUCACGCCAGAGGGACUGCGCAGUGGCCGGUGUUGCCCCACGCCCGCGGGACUGGAGAACGACCCGUGUGGAGCCACCGCAGGCCGAGGACUGUGCGUGCCCGUAGCGGUGGAUGCGCGUCCCCACGGCCCCCAGUAUCCGCACGAUGGACGCGAUGACCGUGAGAGAUGGCCCGUGCGCUUCUUCAACAGCACGUGUCGGUGUAACGGCAACUUCAGCGGCUUCAACUGCGGGAGGUGCAGGCACGGCUUCACGGGAGACAACUGUGACCAGCGGGUGUCUGUGGUAAGAAGAAACGUGAUGCAGCUGAGUGCGGAUGAGAAGCUGGCGUUUGUGAGUGCCCUGGACCAGGCCAAGCGCACGGUGCACCCCGACCUGGUCAUUGCCAUGCGCCGCUUUCAGGAGAUCUUCGGCCCUGAUGGAAACACCAUGCAGUUUGAGAACAUCACCAUAUACAACUACUUUGUGUGGAGCCACUACUACUCUGUCAGCAAGACGUUUCUCGGUGCCGGACAGGCCAGUUUUGGAGGAGUGGACUUUUCCCAUGAGGGCCCAGGAUUCCUCACGUGGCAUCGGUUUCAUCUUCUUCAGCUGGAGCAGGACAUGCAGGACAUGCUGCAGGACCCCUCCUUCGCCCUGCCUUACUGGGACUUCGCCAUCGGGGGCAGCACAUGUGACAUCUGCACUGAUGACCUGAUGGGCGCCCGCAGCAGCUUUGACAUGAACUCUCUCAGCACAAACUCUGUGUUCUCGUCCUGGAGAGUGAUCUGUGAGAGUGUGGAGGAUUAUGACACACUGGGAACCAUUUGCAACAGCACAGAGUCUUCCCCCAUCAGGAGAAACCCAGCAGGGAACGUGAACCGCCCCAUGGUGCAGCGCCUCCCCGAGCCCCAGGACGUGGCUGCGUGUCUCCAGGUCAACACGUUUGACACGGCCCCCUACUACUCUACCUCCGACGAGAGCUUCAGGAACUCUGUGGAAGGUUACAGCGCGCCCCAAGGAAACUACGACCCAGCAGUGAGGAGCCUCCACAACCUGGCUCACCUGUUCCUGAACGGGACCGGAGGGCAGACCCACCUCUCGCCCAACGACCCCAUCUUCGUCCUGCUUCACACCUACACGGACGCCAUCUUUGACGAGUGGUUACGACGACACAGCCCAGAUUCAGCCGUGUAUCCGGAUGAAAACGCUCCCAUUGGACACAACAGAGGUUACAACAUGGUUCCUUUCUGGCCUCCCGUGACCAACGCCGAGAUGUUUGUUACUGCUCAGGAUAAUCUGGGAUACAGUUAUGCAGCUGAAUGGCCAGCUCAACCUUUCACCGUGACUGAAAUCAUCACUAUGACCAUCGUCGCCGCCCUGGUGGUGGUGGCGGUUGUCUUCGCUGCCACUACGUGUGCAGUCCGGGCCAAGUCCAGGAGAGAAGGCCACCAGCCUCUGCUUGUGGAUCAGUACCAGAGAUAUGAUGACGACAAAAGCCAAUCUGUUGUUUAA